AACUGAGACCUGCAGACUUUUGGCUGUUCACCAGGUUACAUCACACAGCAGAUGACUCUCUAAAAUAAUCAUUUGUUAGAAAGCUUCUUGAUCAUUUUAAUCAUUUUUUAAAACGGCAUUAUUGUUAUUUUGCCAAAGCAGUUUUCCUUGUGAACAUUUUGUAAGACUGAUCACGUUCCAACAAUAGGCUAUAAAAUUGUAUUAUUAUGACUAUUUUGCAUGGAUUUAACACAAGUUUUCCUCUACCAUGGAGAGACGGUACCUCUUUGAACUUUGUGGUCGUAGGAAAUACCCGGGCUUCACGAAAGAUGAAAAUGUGUGGAAAGGCUUUUAAAGAGCUCAGAGGAACGGUACCUUUUUGUUGGCCGUCCCAUGAAACAGUUAUACCUCCGGGUCCUCCUCUCAACAGCGAACGAUUCCAAGAACUCUCUUGUUGAGGGUUGAAAUGGGACGGAGGCUCUUGACUCGAUGUUUGUGUCCUUAAUUCUUUCACAUCCCAAUCUGCCACUGUUUGUAAAGAAGAAAGUUAAAGGGGGAGUGCGUUUGUCACAGAACACAAUCUAAGCUUCUUAUUUCCCUCCUUAAAAAUCUGUUUCACCUAGUUUAAACACCUCCACCCCACCUCUCCGUUUCCCGCCUGCCUUUCAGUACAUUGGACUUGCUGCGGAUUAACCUACUAGCUCAGACAGAUUGGAAAGACUUGCUGUUCUCCACACUGUAAGUGUAUUUGUAGUAUGUCUGUUAGAGAGAUUCUUCAACAAGAGUCUGUGUGUUUUUAAAUGAUUGUAGAAGUUAUUAGGUAAGACCAAGACGGCGUUGUGUUGAGCUUUCAGACUGUAUUUGAUCUGAAUCCUUAGAUGGGUAAACCAAAGAAAACUGGAUGUAUUGGAUCCUCAGCCAAACCUCUUGAUUUGUGUUUGCUUAAGUGAGUGUUUGUAUGAAAAAAAAAGAAGUGCCAGAAAUUGUUUGUAUUGUUACAUGUUCCCUCCCAUCGUGGGCCCUGAGGGAUGCUACAAUAAAGCGUCAAAUUAGCAGGAACUGCAGAAGUCAGCCUGACGCCUGCAAGAUGUUUGGUAGCAGGGCUCAUAAUUAUAUCACAGAGCCUUGUUCUAUGUGUCUACAUCUGAAGCGCCUUAGGCUGACGACCACGAAGCAAGUUAAAGACUCUCUGCUAGAAAGAAGAACAAGUAGAGGAGGAUAAAGUAAGAGAGGGAGAGACAGCGAGAGAGAGAGCAGGGGUGAAAGGGGCGUGUCUUAAGUGCCGGGACGGUGUUGGUCACCACCCAAACGCAGACCCCCACAGAACUGCUCAACCGCAGCACGCCCACUCUGUUCCACCCCUUGCCCCUCUUCUCUAGGCUCUCUAUCCCCUCAUGGGCACGAUAUCAGUCAGUGCAAGAGGACCACCAUCUCAACCUUAACAGCAGUCCUCACCAUGGAAAUGAAAGAAUCGAUGAUGAAUAAAGAGGAUGGGGGAGAGCAGCAGAAAGUGCCGGAUUCUCAGGAGAACGGCAGGCUGGUUGUGGAUAGCGUUCCGGAGAAGGAUCAGAAAUCUGGCUCUGGGCCUGGGCAAGUCUCCAACGGUUAUCCCAGUACAUCCCCACAAAGCCCCAGAGAAGGUGCGGGCACUGGGAUGGACAGGGUCAACACCCCUGGAACAUUUAGGACUCUAGUGGUCCAACAGACGAGCCUUGAUCCACCUAGGGAGACCUGGAGCAAAAAGAUGGACUUCCUGUUGUCGGUCAUCGGGUAUGCAGUGGACCUGGGCAAUGUCUGGCGCUUUCCCUACAUCUGCUAUCAAAAUGGAGGGGGUGCCUUUCUCUUGCCGUAUCUUCUGAUGGCUGUGUUUGGGGGCGUGCCACUGUUCUACAUGGAACUAGCUUUGGGCCAGUUUCACCGCAGUGGGUGCAUCUCCAUAUGGAAACACGUGUGCCCCAUCUUCAAGGGUAUAGGCUUUGCCAUCUGCAUUAUUGCACUCUACAUUGCCUUCUACUACAAUACCAUAAUGGCCUGGGCCCUCUACUACCUCCUGUCCUCUUUUCGUGCAACAUUGCCCUGGACCACCUGCAACAACCGAUGGAACACUCCCAACUGCACCCACUACCUGUCCACUGACUUAAAUGUCUCCUGGACCAACAACUCAAUCUCUCCCGCUGAAGAGUUUUAUGUUCGGCAGGUGUUGCAGGUUCAUCUAUCCCCUGGUCUUCAUCAACUGGGCUGGGUGAGCUGGCAGCUGGCCCUUUGUCUUUUGUUCAUCUUUACUGUUGUCUACUUCAGCAUCUGGAAGGGGGUCAAGACCUCUGGCAAGGUGGUGUGGGUAACGGCUACCUUCCCGUACCUGGUGUUGCUGAUCCUGUUGAUAAGAGGGGCCACCCUGCCAGGAGCUUGGAGAGGAGUUGUCUUCUACCUGAAACCUGAUUGGAAAAAACUUCUAACCACUACAGUUUGGCUUGAUGCAGCUGCACAGAUCUUCUUUUCUCUGGGUCCAGGCUUUGGUGUUCUCUUGGCCUUUGCCAGCUACAAUCCCUUUCAUAACAACUGCUACAAGGAUGCUUUGAUCACAAGCUCGGUUAACUGUUUGACCAGUUUCCUGUCAGGCUUUGUGAUCUUCACCGUGCUGGGAUACAUGGCAGAGAUGCGCCAACAAGGAGUUGAGACUGUAGCUAAGGAUGCUGGUCCCAGUCUGCUCUUCAUCAUCUAUGCUGAGGCUAUUGCCAAUAUGCCAGCUGCAACAUUCUUCGCCAUCAUAUUCUUCCUCAUGAUAAUUAUGCUGGGGCUGGACAGCACGUUUGCAGGUCUGGAAGGGGUAAUUACAGCCAUGUUGGACGAGUUCCCCCACCUGUUGGCCAGGAGGAGAGAAUGGUUUGUGCUUGGCCUGGUGUGUGUCUGUUAUUUGGGUGCCCUCUCCACUCUAACCUACGGAGGUGCGUUUGUUGUUAAACUAUUUGAGGAGUACGCCACAGGCCCCGCUGUUAUCACUGUCGUCUUCCUUGAGGUUAUUGCUGUUUCCUGGUUCUAUGGGACGACACGUUUCUGCAACGACGUACAGCUGAUGCUUGGCUUCGCCCCUGGUCUGUUCUGGAGGGUCUGCUGGAUAGCCAUCUGUCCAUGCUUCUUAUUGUUCAUUAUUGUGAGUUUCCUGGCAUUCCCUCCUGAAGUGAAGCUGUUUGAUUACCUGUACCCUUUCUGGACCACAGUCCUUGGUUACUGUAUUGGAGUUUCUUCCUUCAUCUGUGUGCCUUCCUACAUGGUCUACCAUCUGGCCACCACUAAAGGGACCUUCAAACAGCGUCUGCUAAAGGGUAUUACCCCAGAGGCUCCGGGCUCCAGUGGCCCUCAGAGAGACACAAUUGUCAUUACCAACGCCGUGUGAUGCAUUUGGUCCUCUGCUGGACAUGUAGCACAAACACAGGGGACCCGUGGCCCCUUUAAGAGCCCCGGUCGACCUCCCUUCACACCUCACCCAAGAGGAGUCUGCUACCUGUAUUGUGUGACGGUGAGGCCAGGUCUCCAAAUACAGCCGUUGCUUCAUUUGUAUUUUUGCCAUCCACUAUUCAUGAAUAUAUGUACACUACCGUUCAAGUUAGGGAUCAGUGAGAUCAAAUCAGUUCAUUAGAAUGAUUUCUAAAGACUGCUGUAAAUUCAGCCUUGCCAUCACAGGAAUAAAUUACAUUUUAAAUUUCAUAAAAAGUUUAAAUUGCAAUAAUGUUUGACAAUAUUACUGUGCUUCUGGUUGAAUAAAUGCUGAGGCAUUUUAAAAAUCGUACCGACCCUAGUCUUUUGAACGUUAGUGUAUAGCUGUUCAUUGAAGUUUACUUUAUGAAGAUAUACAAUUUUUAAAGAUUGUUUUUCUACAAUCAUUUGUUUAAAUUCUUUCCAAGUAUACAAAGAUUGUUAUGGUUUUGUGACCACUUACAAGUAUAUUUUGAAACGACAUGCAUUUGCAUAAUGCCAAAAAUUACUUUUUUUAAAUUUUGUUUCUUUAUUGUUGUGACAGCAAUUCAAAGAAGCUGUUUGUGGAUGAGGGACUGAAUCCAUCAAUAAUUGUGAAUAUACUGUCUUUUUUCUUUCCUUUUUUUAAUAUGUGGUAAAUAUUAUUUUUUUUACAUUUCAGAUGUGGGAAGGGUAAAUGUAGGACUGUUACAGAAAGAAAUAUUUUUUAUGACGGAAGCAAGGACCAAAUCAUUCUAUUAAGUUUGUUUUAUUGCACAGGUGUGUUUGUGUGUGUGAGAGUGAAUGUGUGUACAUCUAUGACCACCAUGCCCAUAUACAUGUAACAGAUUUGAAGUGUUUAGCCUACUUUUGGUAGAUAUGAACCGACUGUUGGGCAUGUGUAUUUAUUUGUGGGACAUUUGUGGCAUUUAAUCCACAUAAUGCUUAUUUGCAACUGGAACUCUGUCUGCCUACCCAGUUACCAUUGACAUGUAGCAUUUACAGGGAUGGGACCAAAUGUAAAAGUAUAAGAAACGUUCUUUGAAUCAACCACUAGCACACUCCUCAUUAGCCCCUUUUACAGACAAGUCUGAAAGUCAAUUGCUUUUCAGUAAACACAAAUGUGCUUUUCAUAUAAGCAAGUGUUCUUGUUUAAUGUUAAGAUUAGCAUGUUGUUAACAUUCAGAAGUAAAAUACUGAUAAACUGUGAUGUCAGUCUUUGGAAAUUACCUUUAUACGCUGCGCUGUUUUCUUCAUCCAUUUGGAUAAGAAAUAUGGAAUGUGAUCAAGGCCAAAAAUCGUCAACUGAAAUGGUCAGCACUGUCAAACUGCAUAUUUCAUCUACAGUUGAAAUCAAAAUUAUUAACCCCCUUUGAAUUUUUUUCUUUUUAAAAUAUUUCCCAAAUUAUGUUUAACAGAGCAAGGAAAUUUUCACAGUAUGUCUGAUAAUAUUUUUUCUUCUGCAGAAAGUCUUAUUUGUUUUAUUUCGGCUAGAAUAAAAGCAAUUUUUAAAAAACAUUUUCAAGUCAAAAUUAUUAGCCCCUUUAAGCUAUAUUUUUUUCGAUAGUCUACAGAACAAACCAUCGUUAUACAAUAACUUGCCUAAUUACCCUAUCCUGCCUAGUUAAUCUAAUUAACCUAGUUAAGCCUUUAAAUGUCACUUUAAGCUGUAUAGAAGUGUCUUGAAAAAUAUCUAGUCAAAUAUAAUUUACUGUCAUCAUGGCAAAGAUAAAAUAAUUCAGUUAUUAGAAAUAAAUUAUUAAAACUAUUAUGUUUAGAAAUGUGUUGAAAAAAUCUUCUCUCCGUUAAACAGAAAUUGGAGAAAAUAAUAAUUCAAGGGGUUUAAUAAUUCUGACUUCAACUGUAUUUGGAUGAAAAAUGUGGAAGGUGAUUAGGGCCAAUGUCUUUAAAUUACAUGCAUUAAAUAUAAGCAUAAUAAUAAGCAUAUAAACAUAAGUGCACACAGUUUGGCAACAUCAAAUACUGUUGUAUUUUAUAUUGUAUUGGCAUAUGUUGACAUAAUGGCAUGAUUAAACACAUGUACAACAGCAUCAGACGUUGUAAUUGCAUACUAAGUAAAUAUAAGACAUCAAAUCACCUUAAAAAUUAGCACCUCAACACAGUCAAACUGUAUGUCUACUCAUACAUAAUAAAUAAAAUGAUACAAAACAGCCGCUGUAUUACUGUGAAGCUGAUCGGUGCCAAAAGUUUUUAAACAAAACAUGACAUUUUAUUAUCAACAUUCACAUUUUGACCAUUUUAAUUAGUCAAACACGACAAUAACCAAUGAUUUUUCUGUAUUUGAGGCCAUUUUUGCAUAUAUAUGAUAUGAUGGUACGUUGUGAUGUUAUGUAUACAUACACACGUGUAAUUUAUGUAUACAUAUGAGGAAUAUGAAAAAUGAGCCACAAGUAUUUCACCUAAACAUAAACUGAUUAAUUAUUGGUUUAUGUUAUGUUUAAUGUUCAUUUACCACAUAGGUGUCAAAGUCAAUUCCUGGAGGGCCGCAGCUCUGCACAGUUUUGCUCCAACCCUAAUCAAACACAGCUGAUCCAAAUAAUCGAGG